CACCUCCUGUUACUCUUCCUUCAUCCCCUCCACCCCUCUCCGCGGGCGCUCCACUCCCCGGCCGGCCGGCGGCGAUGACGAGCCUGCAGGCGGCCCCGCGACUCAGCCUCCACCUGACCCCGUCCGAACACCGUGGCCGGCUGCUUCCGCCGUGGAGGCUCGUCCUCUCCCCCUCCUCCUGCAGGCUUUACACUCUCAUUUCCAGACAACAUCCCAUUUGCAAUGCACAAUCAUAUGCUGAUGAUUUACUGGUGGCCAGUGCCCAAAGCUCCACAACUGCUCUCUCAAGGUUGCUUGCUGCAGAAAGAGAGGAAGCGAAAGCUGUGCUAUCGCUGUUCUUAAGGCAGAAAGGUUUGAGAAGUGCGGUAGCUGCACGGAUCGCCAACAAAUCAGAUGGAUUCAUUGAGCACCUGAGUUCAAAGCUCCAAAGUGCUUACAGAUCUCGAUAUGCUGAAGGAAGGGAGCUGAGUACACCUGAGAUCAGAGAUGCUCUCCUUCCCUAUCUAGAAGCUCUUUCUAAAGAACAUGGGGAUAGUUUGGUUGAAGUGGUGGAGAAUUUCCCUGAUCCUUUUUCCGCGGAAAGGGAGUCCUUGUCUUACUCAAUGAUACUUACACCAACGAGCUCAAAUAAGCAGAAGGCAAUUGCUCGAGUAAGCACACCAACCUCAGGGGGAGCCCUCCCGGAGUUAGUGCUCUACCUGCUGGACUAUGGCAUGGAUCAUGAGGAGAUCAAGAAUGUCGUGCGCAAGUUCCCAGCAUUUGCGUACUACAACGUGGAUCGCAAGAUAAAGCCCCUGGUGGAGCUACUGCUUGAGCUUGGUGUGCCGAGGUCAGGCAUACCUGGAAUCAUCAGGAAGAGGCCUCAGCUAUGUGGAAUCAGCUUGACAGAUAAUCUGAAACCUAUGAUGGCCUAUAUGGAGAAUAUUGGUGUCAACAAAACUCAGUGGAGCAAGGUGAUAUGCCGGUUCCCUGCAUUUCUCACAUAUAGCAGGCAGAAGGUGGAGAUAACUGUGAGCUACCUUACUGAACUAGGAGUUUCUAAGGAAAACAUCGGCAAGAUUCUCACACGAUGUCCUCAUCUCAUGAGCUACAGUGUCAAUGACAACCUCAGACCAACUGCUGACUACUUCCGGUCGAUCGGCGCAGAUGCUGCAUCUCUUAUUCAGAAAUGUCCCCAGGCUUUUGGUUUGAACAUAGAGUCAAAGCUGAAGCCAAUCACAGAGUUUUUCCUGGAGAGAGAGUUCAGCAUCGAGGAAAUUGGCAUUAUGGUAAAUAGAUUUGGGAUUAUUCACACUCUCAGCUUGCAAGAAAAUUUGAUUCCCAAAUAUGAAUAUUUUCUGACGAUGGGGUACCCAAGGUAUGAACUCGUGAAAUUUCCACAGUACUUUGGGUACAGUUUAGAGCAGAGGAUAAAACCUCGGUAUGCUCAGAUGACUGGUUGUGGGGUGAGGUUGAUUCUGAACCAGAUGUUGUCAGUCUCAGAAACCAGAUUUGAGGAAAUUCUACAAAAGAAAUCAGGUGGAUUUUGAUAUGAUCACAAUCUCAGAAAAGCACAAGUUUUGACAAGUUCGCUUGUAGCACAAGCGUUAAUAGCCUGGUAGAUGGAUAGUUUUCGGCACACAAGAACUAUGUUGGAAAUUUGUACUUCGCCAUGCUCUUUUGUAGUUGCAUGGCAGUUGAUGGACGUGCCGCAUUUGAGAGGAACGGUUUUGAUAUAUAACUACUUCGUCAUGCUCUUUUGUACUUGCACGGCAGUUGAUAGACUCGCAGCAUUUGGAGAGGAACAGCUUUGAUAUAUAACUGUUUACUGUUGGUGGCUAGUUUAGGUGACUUCCCUCUUCUUCUCUUUUUGCGAGGGUAGAUGCCGUAAGUUGGCAAUGUCAAAUGCGGUUGUUCGAUACUACAAGUUCUUGUUGGCCCGUUUAUGUUUUUUAUCUGCUACUGAUUUAUUUUUUAUGAACGUUAUUUCUUCCAUCAUAUAUUCUACUCUCUCCA